UCUCCCAGCGUCUCCCCAUUAAAUCCACUCAGUUCCUAUUAUGUUCUGCUGCACUGUGUCAUGAUCAUGCCCGAGAAAAACGCACAUAUUUGCCAGCUUUGCUGACUCCUGAUCACCUGGAUAAAGCGUCCAGCCCUGGACUCGUGGAUGUAGCGUUAAUGUCAGGCGUGAUCUGCAAACAAUCCCAACUUUCCUUUGCACUGAAAUCAAAAGCGAAUCCAGUUAAUCCAGUCUCUCAGGAGCCUUUGUGGAGUUCGCCUGAAUGCAGGGAUGGUAAGGAAAGUAAAGCUUCCGAUAUAGUGUGAUAAAUUUUGGGAUACUGAGUUGUAGCGGAUCGCCAUGGAGCUCCGGGCGGCUUCAGCGGACGCGCAGCAGCAGCUGGCCGGUGACAGGACGCACGAGUCCCGCAUGGACGAGUACCUGCGCUCGCUAGGUUUUUACCGCAAAAAGAUUGCCAAGGAUGGGUCAUGUCUGUUCAGAGCCGUGGCAGAACAGAUACUGCAUUGUCAAGGUUUACACACACAAGUGCGGGCGGCCUGUGUGAAUUAUCUCAGACAGAACAAAUCUACUUAUGAGCUGUUUAUCGAAGGCAACUUUGAGAAAUACUUGGAGAAUCUACAGGAUCCCCAGAGCUGGGUUGGACAGGUGGAGAUAUCUGCAUUGGCUGAGCUCUAUAAGCAUGAUUUUAUUAUUUUCCAGGAGCCCGAUCAACCGCCUGUUAACCUCACAGAGAAUGGCUUCACUCAUAAGGUGCGCCUGUGCUUCCUCAACGGAAACCAUUAUGACAGUGUUUACCCAGAAGCCUUUGAGAAAAAUGCUGCUGUAUGUCAAUCAAUCCUGUACGAGCUGCUGUAUGAGCGAGUGUGUGGCGUCGAACGCAACGUUGUAGGAUCAUGUGUGAAAGGAGGACGAGGACGAGAUAGACGGGACUCAGAGGAGUGCAAGAGCAGUGAGGAGUCUGAGCUGGAGGAAGACGACUUCUGGUCCACUGAAGCAAGAGAAAAGACAAGCAAUGGGAUGAAUGCCAGACCGCCGCAAAGGGGUCGUGGGAGGGGCUACUCAAGAGGAAGGGGGCGGGAAUUUCUGUCCACUAAGGUGCAAAAGUCCCUAAACCCCGCCCUCUACAGGAACGUGGAGUAUGACGUGUGGCUCCGUUCGAAACGCCUCCAGCAGCAGCGAGAUUUCUGCAUUGCUGCAGGGAUGCAGUACUCAGUCGGAGACAAGUGCAAGGUGCAGCUGAGUGGCAGUAAUCGGCUCUAUAAUGCUUAUGUUAAGGAAGUCAGUCCAGACAACGGGCCAGUCACUGUCUUUAUUGAGGAACUCAACAGACAGCAAACUGUGCCGUUGUUAAACUUGCGUCUUCCAUCUGAAGAGCCUCAGUCUUGGCACAUGGUGUCAGAAAAGGGAAAAAGACAUGCUGCACCAAACAAUGGUUCGCAAAUUCCUUCUGAAUGGGAAAGCAGAGGAGGUCGGAGGCCAAACAGAAUGCAGUCUCAGUCGACACCCAGCGUUCGUGUACAUAAGCAACACUCCUGGCCUCCGCAGGCCACACCAGAUGAUGCAAGAAACAAGUUCAGACGGUCUGAUCAGCGCAGCAGUCCUGUGUGUAUUCUGCCAGAAGAGGAAGAGGAAAGCGUUGUUUUGGAGCUUCUGCACAAAGAUGAGCACAACUUCCCCUCACUUGGACCAAGCCCCCAAACGGCCACUUCUGGUGAGGUCAUAAAGAAAGGAGGGGAAAAGAAAAGCUCUCGCAAAAAGGAACAGAAGGAGAACCUCUUGGAGACUGAAACAUCUCAGAGGACUUUACAGAGGCAGAAGGGUGGGACUGAAGAAAAACAUGGGAUACAAUUUUCUGAGGAACCAGGGCAAAGGUCUUCUUCGACAAUGAAAGAGAAAUUACAAGAGAAACCUAUCCCUGUCGCUGCUUCUCCACCUCCACCUGUUAUCUCUUUAUCUGGCCCCAAAACAGCCAUUUCUUCAUCUCCAUCUAAUUUUGCCACUUCCCCUGGUCUUAAUCAGUCUGUUCCUGAUGCGGUUAAAAAGACAAGCAUCCAACCCAAGUCUAGCCCUGCUCGAAACCCUGACAACAGUCAUUUGACCCCAGUGUCAACUUCAGUCCCUUUACAGGCCAUUUCUAGGGUAGCACCAGUCUUAGAAAGCACUCCUUCCCCACAGUUUAACUCUGGUGUAGCACCAGUCUCAGUUAUCCCACCUGCCUCACAGUCUAUCUCUGGUGCAGCACAAAUUUCUGUUUCCACCCCUGCCUCAGACUCUACAUUUGUGGCAACACCAGUCUCAGCUACCACCCCUGCCUCACAGUAUAUCUCUGGGUCAAGGGCAGUUUCAGUUAGCACCCCUGCCCAACUGUCUAUCUCCGGGGCAACAGCAGUGUUAUCUAACACCCCUGCCCCCCAUUCCAUCUCUGGGGCAACAACAGUCUCAGUUACCACUCCUGCUUCACACUUCAUCUUUGGGGCAACAGCAGAAUCAAUUACCACCCCUUCCCCGCACUCCAUCUCUGGGGCAACGGCAGUCUCUGUUGCCACCCCUGCUCCUCUUCAAUCUGCGCCUGCACUGAAUUCUACCAAACCCUCAUUCCAAAUUGCCCAAUUGCCCACAAUGGAGCUCCUGCCCAGACCUGAAUCACCAUCUCAGUUCACCUCAGUUGAACUGGUUGCAUCUCAGAUUACCCCAGUCCCUUUACCCGCUUCUACUCCAACUCAAACUACUCUGGCCCCUACUUGCCCAAUCCCAGCUUCCCCAAUUGAAUCCAACUUGUGCAUUCAAACUUUGCCACCAGCCAAUACUUCUACUCUAUCCCCCACACCUUCGUCCAAAAUACCCAUUUCUGCACAGGUUCAGGUUGCUACUCCUGUAUUAGAUUGCCCAGGCUUGUCCUCUACCGCACAUCCCAUUGAUGCAACCAAUGGUCCACUAAUUCCCCCAAAGACUGUUGAUCCACAAACCACUAUGAUGCCAAUACCUCUUCCACAUGCUGCUCCCACCUCCAUCUCCCCUACUAUUGGUCCUGCCAAUGCUUCACCUCCUGACUUACCUCAAGUCUCUCUGAACGAGUCAGUCCCACCUGCUUGUGAAACAUCAACCAUACCUGCCUCUGGUGCAGCACAGAUUGUUGAACACCCAUCCCAACCCCAACACCUGCCCUUUCCUCAACUCCAGUGGUCUCAGCUCCUUCAGGACCCAGUUUAUCCAGGAUUCCCCCAGAAUGAGAAGGGACAGUUGGAACCACCUCCACCAUUUUCCUACUCCCAGAAAGGAGAGGACCUACCAAAAGAUAUGAGUGUCCUCAAGUUCUUCUUCAACCUUGGGGUCAAGGCUUACACCCAGCCAAUGUUUCCUCCUAUUGUAUAUCUGGCACCACUGAACCAAGCCUACCUUAGAGGCCCUCCUCCUUCCUCUGACUCUCCUGCUAAUCCUACCAUGACUUCGUGGCAGCCAGAAAACCCUUCUUCUCAGCCUCAAAGUUUGAGCUCCAUAGCUGACACCCCAUUGGACAGCCAUGCUCCAAUUGCACCUGUAGCAACUGGUAGCAGUCCUGUUGAUCCCAUAGAGGUAAGAGGAUACAACGAUCCUCCAUCGAUUCCAAUGCAUGUGCAAUCAAGACCACCAAUGCCCUGGUCAGCUCCUUCUGUUUCAAGUGCCUAUCCUGGGGGGUACCCAACUACUCCUCCAGUGCAGUUUUCCACACCUCCUUAUCCACCCCCUGGGAAUCAGAUGUUUCCACCAUCAUCUGUUGGAUACCACCGUAUGCCAUUUCCACCAAUGCCUUUAGAAGCAAUAAACCAUGGGCCUCAUGGUCCGAUUGAUGUCUUGCCUUUUGCUCGCCCCACACUGGAUAGAGGUCAAGAGAAUGGUCAAUUGUCAAUGAACCCACAAUUUAGGUCUGUACAGAACUCUGCUGGGUUUCCUGGAGGCCAACCUCAUUUUUUGAGUGGUGGAGAGUUCAAGUCAGUAGAUACUCCUGUUUCUCUGGGUGCUAUGGAACUUCCUCCUUAUGGUGGACCCUGUUCGGUACCAUCUUUUCAGAUCGGGCCAUUGCAAGGCGAUAUGUCAGGAUUGAUCCCUUUACCAAAUGGGAGCUUAGGAAGACAAGGGGGAGCCUUCCCAAAGAGCCUACAUGCAGAAGACUCUUCCCGCCUCAUCCAUACAUUUUCUCCUGAAGAAAAGUGGCCAGAGGAAAUGGAGUCUCCCAAUGUAGACGUCAGAGUUACCCAGUCCUACUACAGCCAGUCCUACAGAGGUGGAGGAAGGCGUGGCCAAGAGGAGAGAGGAGGAUAUCGAGGGCGGAGCCAACGUGGACGGAAAGAUUAUAUAGGCAGAGGCAGACAAGAUGACCAGUCCUACAGACAUUACGGGAGACGAGGUGCAGGCCCACAGUUACCAUAUCAGUGACACUGAAUGUUGUUUUGGUUUACGAUGAUAUCAGAUACAUGAAAUCUGUUGUUUUGAGUUUUCUGGGUGUCUUUUGGUAUGUGUUAUUGAUUAGUUGUUUUAUCUAAUCAUUUUUAACCGUUUUGUCUUCCACACAUUCUUGCAUAUUGAAGCAACAUGGUUUCGCCUGUUCUGAUGUCAAAAAACCCCUGUGAAAAUGUAAAUUGCAUAGGUAAUAAAGUCUAAUAAAACUGAAUUUCCCCCAUGAGUGCACUUAACUUUAAGACAUGUAUCAUACGCUUAUUUUAUUUGAGUACUAAAGUUUUCAGAUCUAUGCAAAUUUGAUUUACAUUUAAUUUGUAUUAAAUGAAGAUUGUUCUACAAGGUAUUUUAACAAAUGGUCCACACUGGUUCUCGGAGAACUUAAUUUUACUGAAAAACACUCCACUCGUGCUGCAUGGUGAGUAUAUUGGUGAUGGCAUCUCACCUUAAAAAAGGAAAGUGCCUUUAGUGUAGUGUAGAGUUUUGUCAAUGUAUUUUUUGGGAUUUCACAUUUGGUUUUCUUCAUUUCUGACCAUGCGUUUUUGUGCACUAUAAUCCCCAAGCAGUGGGCUCUGUGGAUGAAUGUUUGAUGCCAAAUGCCUGUAAUAAAAUAUUUGAUCCAAAUAUGUGGUUUGAAACCAAAAACGAGCGUUGUAUUAUCUGUUGUUCCCCAUUUUGAUAAAUAAAACAGAAAGCCUAAGAAGCCUUAGUUGCAGUUUUUUUUAAUUAACAAUAAUGGAACACUCCACUUUUUUAGAAGUUAGUUUAGUUUUUAGAAGAGGUUAAUUUUAGUUUAAGUUUGACCUUUUUUUUGUCAUUGUGCUAAUCUCUGAGUUUGGCGGGUGCUCUUUAAUAAGCUUAGCUUAAAGGCCUGUGCACACCGGGACCCUUUUUGCUUGCGUUUUCCAUCAACGUUUAACGCCUCGUGACUAAAUAAAGGGCGCCAAUGUAAUCGUGCACACUAAAGUGCUAAACAUCAGGCGUAAAAGCGUCAUAUUUAAAGGAACGCCUCAUGCUCGUUUUAUUGUUUGUGAUGUGUUUCGAAACACAUUAGUCACGUGACCAGGUGUUUGAAACCCUUUAGUCUUGUGACCUGGGUGUUUCGAAACACUUUAGUCACGUGACCUGGGUGUUUCAAAACACUUUAAGGCCCGUUUCCACUGAGUGGUACGGUUCGGUUUGGUACGCUUUUAUAGCCGUUUCCACUGUCAAAAAGCGUACCGAACCGAACCACUUUUUCGGCACCCUUUCGAAAGGGUACCAAACACGAGAAAGGGUACCAAAAGGCGGAGCUAAGACGCACAGCUGAACGCUAUUGGUUUACAGAGAUACGCAUUUCGCUUACGCAACAAGCCAGAAUGAAAACAAAAAAAACGCCAUAUUUAAAAUACACGCACAGCCGAGAGAUUACAGCGGAAUUAUAAAUACAUAUAAUAACGAGCCAUGGUCGACCCGGGCUCAAACAAACCUUGUCGUCGUCUUGAUGAACAGCCACAAAGCCAUGGAGUAGAGCAGAUUUACCCUGUGCCCCGUAGUUUUUUACGAGCCAGUCUGAGGCUCGAGCGGUUUCGCUUUCUUGCUAGCGCUCGCGCGCGUCUAACAUUAUAUCUGAAAUAACAAAUCUCUAGAGCUGAUGAUAAUAACCUGCACUUGAUUAUUGACGUGCUUUUGAAACCCGAUCCUGUCAGACACUGACAAACGCGAGAGUGAAGCGCGAAGAAACAAAGGAGAAGCCGGAAAAAAAGGAGCACAUUAUUUUUCAGCAAACAUGAACAAACUGUCUUAACUAUUAUUGUUAUUAUCUUCACCUUUCGGACUAAUAUGAACUCAGAAUGAUGGAAUGUUCUCUAACAGAGGCUACAUGUGCUGCUGAAGAUUACAGCCACAGAUGAGAGGUUUACACUGACUGUAGGCUAUAUAGUGUUGUUUUUGAACUUAAAUACGGACGAAAUGUCUGCUGUGUGUAGUUCUUCUGUAAAUGGUAACAUAUCGGGGGCUGUAUGUGUUCAUAUAUGUUGCACUUGUUUAUUUAAUAUAAUUACAGACGUUACAGUAGGCUGUUUCGCACUGUCUUUGAUCUGCAGUUAUAAUCAACUCAUGUUCAUUGAAAAGUUAGUAAUAAACAUUUCUAC